GCCACAAAAGGGCACGAAACUAUGGUCCGACUGCUGCUCGACAAAGACGUCAGAAUUGAUGCAAUGAAUUCGGAGCGUUGGACACCGCUAUCAGGGGCUGUUCAGGGAGGCCACGAGGCCAUCGUGAGACUUCUACUCGACAGAGGUGCUGAAACCGAUGUCGAAAACGAAUACGGACGGUUGCCGCUGUCUUUCGCCGCCGAGAGUGGCCACGAGGCUAUCGUCCGGCUGCUGCUCGAUCACGGAGCCGAAGUAGACAUGGCAGAAUACUACGGAGACGGAAAGGACCUGUCCGGAUAGGUCUUUAGGAAUAGGUACGGACAAACGCCAAUGUCGUAUGCCGCCAGGAACGGCCAUGCGGCCGUCGUACGGCUACUUCUCGCCAAGGGCGCCAAGGCCGACAUGGAGGGUUACUGCAAAAGAGAGAAGUACUGCUGGUCUGCAGUCGAAAAUAGGUCCGGUCGGCCGCCGCUAUCAUUAGCUGCCGCUGACGGGCACGAGAUCGUCGUCCGGCUGCUGUUGAACCACGGCAUCCAGGCCGACAUGAGGGAUUUCAAAAAGAGGACGCCGCUGCUGAUAGCCGCCGCAAACGGGCACGAAGCCGUCGUCCGGCUGCUGCUCCAAAGAAGUGCCCGCAUCGAUGCAAAGGAUCUCGAAGAACAGACGCCGCUGUCCGCGGCUGCUGAGAAUGGGCACGAAACCGUCAUCCUACUGCUACUCGAUAAAGGGGCCGAGAUCGACUUGAGUGGUCGAAAUAGACAGACACCGCUGUCGUUGGCCGUCUCGAGU